AUGCCUCCUCGUAGAGCUCGCAAAAAUAAUGAACGACCUCAACCCGUUGAUCCUUUAGGUGACACAGUGUCCUAUGCUGAAUACCAGGCAGUUUUUCAAGCGCUAGCCCAGGCAGUUACCGCCAAUGCUCAGGACAAUGUUCAGGCCGCAGUUCCACCUCCACAAGAAGGUAAUUCAGUGGCAGCUCAGUUUUUGGCUGGUGUAUCUGGUUAUGAUGUGAAAGAGUAUAGGUCUUCUAUGCUUAAUAGGGACAUGGACCUUUCUAGAUUAAUGAUACAUGCCCAGCAGAUUGAGGCGGAUAAGUCCCAGAACCGUUCACUUGUGCCAGUGCCUUCAUCAGCCAGUGCUCCCUUAUUCAGAAUCAGGCAGGAGCAGGGUAAUAGGUCUACUAUGUCCAGGUCCCAGGACAGUGUGAGUAACAAACCUCAUUCUCCCCUAUAUCUGAAGUCCGGUAGGGACCAUCCUGGUGAGUGCUUAGUUGAUCGGAGGGGUUGUUUUGGUUGCGGUAAUUUGGGCCACAGAUUCAGAGAUUGCCCAUAUGCCAAAUAG